CAGCCCAUGCCUAGUCAGCUCGAUUACACUUCGGCUGGGGGCAGUUUAACAGUCAUCUUUUGCUCCCUCUUUGCUCUCAUCCAUUUAUAGUUUGCUCACGAGCCUUGGUUUUUUUCCACACCAACAAUUCUACACUCAGUGCUUUCCUCUCAGUUAAAGCUUGGGACUCAAACUUUGAUAUUAUACUAGAGCCAAGGAUCUUUCUACACAGCAUGGAUAAUAUAGUGUUGCGCUUUGGAAAUCAGGUUUCGAGGGAUAAUUUUUCUGUGCUCUGGAAGCAGGAAGGUGUCUUUGGGAAAUUUGAUUUCAAGAUGAGAAGAUUGUAUUUCUUUUUCUCCCAUCUUUCCGUUGAGUACAAGUUUGAAAUCUCCUAUGCGAACAUUGGGAAGAUUGAGCUACGUCGACCAUGUGGUCAGGCAACAAAGUUUCUUCUCAUUCAGUUAUUUGGAGCUCCAAGGGUUUUUGAGAAAGAUGUAUCAGAUGGUCAAUGUUUUGAGUGGGUUCGUGGAGUUGAUUUCACUCCAUCCUGCUGUAUUGGCCAAUCUUAUACUCUAUGUUUGGAGCUUCCAAAUAAGCUCCAGCUUCCAGAAUUGCACAUUGAUUUUGUCCAUUAUAAAGAAAAUGAAGACCAACUUGAAUUGAUGGAAGGUUCUCCUUUCUCAUGCAGUUCAGGUCUUGUGCCCAUUGUGAAUCCACCCACAGGCUUUGACCUUCCAUAUAAUAUCUUAUUUAAGAUCAAUUCCUUAAUUCAGCAUGGGUGUGUUCCUGGGCCAGCAAUUGAUGAUGAUUUUUAUCGGUUGGUCGAUCCUAAGAGAAUCAAAGUUGAGAACAUAGAAUUUGCCCUGGACAAAAUUUUUCAUCUAAAAGAUUGCUGCUAUGAACCUGUGAAAUGGCUCAAGGAGCAGUACGAAAGAUAUGCCAUACCGACACGACUUCCAAGAACUACUGCUAUUUCUUUGGAUGAUGGGCUCGUAUACGUACACAGGGUUCGAAUUACUCCAUCUAAAGUCUACUUCUGUGGUCCAGAGGUGAAUCUCUCCAACAGGGUCUUGCGCAAUUAUCCUGAAGAUAUUGAUAAUUUUCUGCGUGUUUCUUUUGUUGAUGAGGACUUGGAUAAACUUCGAUCAAUGGCUUUAUCUUUACAAGCAUCUUCUACAAAUGAGGACAAGGCAACCAAAGUUUAUGAGAGGAUAAUAUCCACCUUAAGAAAUGGCAUAGUAAUCGGUGAUAAGAAGUUUGAGUUUCUUGCCCUUUCAUCUGAUUAUGCACUUGAUAAUUCUAUUUGGAUGUUUGCUUCAAGACCUGGCUUGACUGCAGCAGACAUCAGAGAGUGGAUGGGUGAUUUUCAAGAUAUCAAGAAUGUGGCAAAAUAUUGUUCCAAUCUGCGUCAAUCUUUUUGCUCUUCUAGAGAAACUUCCAUUGUUGGCAGAGAUGAAAUUGAAGUUAUUCUCGAUAUAGAAGUUACUAGGGGAGAAGUCACAUAUUGUUUCUCAGAUGGCGUAGGGAAGAUAUCUGAAGAAUUGGCUUGCAAAGUGGCAACAAAGUUAGGCUGCAGUUUUAUUCCAUCAGCAUUUCAGAUUCAAUAUGGUGGGUACAAAGGUGUUGUGGCUGUUGAUCCGACAUCAUCGGUGAAGUUGUCAUUGAGAAAAAGCAUGUUCAGAUACAAAUCAUUUCACACAAAACUCGAUGUUUUGGCAUGGAGUAAGUUUGAACCUUGUUUUCUAAAUCGCCAGAUAAUCACUCUUCUGUCUUACCUUGGAGUGAAGGAUGAAGCUUUUCAAAAAAGGCAAUGGGAGGCUAUAGAUCUACUGAAUGCCAUGUUAACAGAUCCGUUGAGAGCACAAGAGGCACUGGAGAUGAUGUUCUCAGAAGACAUCACAAAAGUUUUGAAGGAAAUGCUUUUAUGUGAUUACAAGCCAGAUGCAGAACCAUUUCUUUCAAUGAUGCUUCAAACAUUCCAUGCAUCUAAGUUGAUGGACAUGAGGUUUAGAACUUGGAUUUUUAAUCCGAAUGGGAGAUUUAUGAUGGGAUGCCUAGAUGAAACCAGAACAUUGGAAUAUGGUCAAGUAUUUCUACAAGUUUCUCGCUUUAGUAGACAGCUUUGUAACCAGUCAUCCCAUAUGUUUACUACCAGCACUUCAAACCCAAAUAAGUACAUCCUUGAAGGUGAGUUGGUUGUUGCUAGAAACGCUUCUCUACACCCGGGAGAUGUGCGAGUCCUGAAAGCUGUUAAUGUGCCAGCUCUACACCACAUGGUGGAUUGUGUUGUUUUUCCAAAAAAAGGAAAGAGACCUCAUCCAAAUGAAUCUUCGGGAAGUAAUUUGGAUGGAGAUAUGUACUUUGUCUCUUGGGACCGUGAUCUUAUUCCUCCUCUUCAAAUUCAACCAAUGGAAUAUAUUGCUGCACCAAGCACACAAGUUGAUCAUGAUGUUACAAUAAAGGAAGAAGAGGAGUAUUUCACUAACCAUAUGGUCAAAGACAACUUAGGAAUCAUCAGAAUGUUCCACACCGUUUUUGCAGACAGGGAGCCCCAUAGGGUAAUGAGCCAUGAAUGUAUGGAGCUUGCGAAGCUACACUCAAUUGCCAUUGACUUCCCCAAAACUGGUAUUGCAACUGAAAUUCCUCCUCAUCUAUGCAUCAACGAGUAUCCCGAUUUCAUGAAAAAGCCUAAUAAACGUACCUACAGAUCGAGAUAUGUUAUUGGAAAGCUUUUCCGAGAAGUGGAAGCCAUUGCACCCCGCACAAGUCCUGUGAAAGCCUUCACUUUGGAAUCAGCAAAACUGCGUUAUGACCCUGACAUGGAAGUAGACGGCUUUGAGGACUUCCUCAAUGAUGCUUUCAGAAACAAAACUGAGUAUGAUUACAAGUUGGGGAAUUUGAUGGAUUAUUACGGGAUCAAAACUGAAGCUGAAAUUCUCAGUGGUAAUGUUUUGAAAAUGUCAAAACAUUUUGAUAGGAAGAGGGAUCUGGAUGCAAUUAAAUAUGCUGUACAGUCACUAAGAAUGGAAGCCAGGAACUGGUUCAACGAGGGGAGUGAUGCAAACAGUACUGACAAUGCAAAAGCAAAAGCAUCGGCAUGGUAUCAUGUCACAUAUCAUUAUACUUAUUGGGGCAGCUACAAUGAGGGAAUGAAUAGAGCUCAUUUCCUUAGUUUUGCAUGGUGCGUCUAUGACCAACUUAUGCAAAUCAAGAGGGAUAAAUUGAGCGUAAAGGCUUUACAUUUGCCAUUGCCUGAGCAUCAAUUCAGAAGGCAUAGAGAUAGAUCCAUCAAUGAAACCAAGUUUAUUUUUCGCCAAAAGAGCCAUCGCCAUCGAAACGAGAUCAGGCAUGAUAGUUAUCGCCAAUGAGAGGCUGAGUGACCAAAAGGACAUUGGGACUAUCACUAGGGUGAAGGAAGAAGGGAGAGGCAGCAUCCAUUUGUGAGACCGUGCCAUGGAAGGAAAAAAACGUCUGAUACCAUGUAAUGAUCAAACUCUA